AUGUCAAAACUCUCAAUCUGCACCAACUUCUCUUCCACCCUCAGCUUCCCCGACACCGACACGAGGAGGCCCGCCAGCCCCCAACUAAGUGCCGGCCCCAUCUUCGCCGGCUCUGCCAUCCAUCAUGACCUAUCUCUACCGACCUACGAUCCAGAGACGGGCCUCGACCUCUUCCCACGCCUACCAGAGGACGAUGAUGAUGUAGACAGCCACCACAGCACCACUCCAUCCAACGACGGGGACAUCACCGGCGACGAGAUCACCAUCAACACCAGAAACAACGACGGGAGCGGGACCAGCCUCCGCAGGAACCUGUCCGCCCGCCUCGCCCACUUCCUCCCCAAGGCAUGGUCGGCCCCUUCGUCCCCCGUCGACUCCGAGCCCGACCAGCCAGCGCAGGCAGAGCAGCUUCGGAACCACAGCCCCACGUACUGCAAGCACACCUGGAAUCGGGAUUGCAAGUGCCCCGUCAUCUUGAGCUCCAGCGAGGGCGGCUACUGUUGGUCUUGCCGAGGGCAAAGAUGUGCUGCUGGCAGCGCUUCCCUACGCGCGGCUCAACUCUUGGAGAUCACAACCCAGUAG